AUGUCGACCUUUGGGCAAUUCCUGCGUGUAACGACAUACGGCGAGAGUCAUUGUCCCAGCGUUGGAUGUAUUGUCGACAAUUUUCCUCCUGGAGUCCCGGUCUCAGAAGCGGUACUUCAGCCCCAGAUCUCUCGCCGUCGCCCCGGUCAAAGCUCCAUCACGACGCCUCGAAAUGAGGCCGACCUUGUGUCAAUUCAGUCGGGGGUGGAAGGAGGAGUCACACUCGGGACCCCGAUAGCUAUGGUCGUCAAGAACCAGGACUUCCGCCCCUCGGACUACAAGGGCAACACCAUGAAGCAGUACCCUCGCCCCAGUCAUGCCGACUUCACCUACCUAGAGAAGUACGGUGUUCGUGCAUCGUCAGGUGGCGGCCGUUCGAGUGCGAGAGAAACAAUCGGCCGUGUGGCGGCAGGCGCUCUUUGUGAGCACUACCUCAAACUCGCCCACGGGAUUGAGAUUGUUGCUUGGGUUUCAUCUGUCGGGAGCAUUUAUCACAUCCCGCCAACAACGGAGUAUCCUCACACUUCUCACAACCCGGAGUUUCUCCAAUUGCUUCAGGAGGUUACACGGGAAACCGUCGACAAGACGACAGUCCGGUGUCCAGACCCGGAAGUGGCUGCCAAAAUGGAGCAGUGCAUCACCGACUUUCGAGACCGCCAGGACAGUAUCGGCGGCACGGUUACGUGUGUCAUUCGAAAUCUUCCCACCGGCCUCGGCGAACCGGUGUUUUCUAAGCUAGAGGCGACUCUUGCUCACGGAAUGCUCAGCAUCCCAGCGACAAAGGGAUUUGAAAUCGGCUCUGGAUUCGAGGGAACCGAAAUUCCUGGGUCUGCCCAUAAUGACAUGUUUAUUCGCAACCCCGAUACCGGUUCGGACUCCAAGCAUGGAUUUGCGAAGCCAAAGCUCACAACUUCAACGAACAACAGCGGAGGUAUUCAGGGAGGAAUCAGCAACGGUGCGAACGUCUUUUUCCGUGUCGCUUUCAAGCCGCCUGCAACGAUUGGACUGCCUCAAGAGACGGUCACUUUUGAAGGCGAAAGUGACGGGGUUCUAGAAGCCAAAGGGCGCCAUGAUCCCUGCGUUGUUCCACGCGCCGUUCCGAUCGUGGAGGCCAUGGCUUCGAUCUGUAUUAUGGACGCUCUUUUGAUGCAAGGAGGUAGAAGGAUGGCGGCAAUGACGUCACCGUAA